AUGGGGGCAGAAGUCAGAGCAACUAGCUGCAAUGCUGUCAGCGUGAAAAACAAAGAGAGUGUGUCCACCGACCUGGCUUUUAGGAUAUGUGAGAAGAUGAUAAUCCUUCCUGACUACCACUGGCUGUUACUUGGUUUUGUUCCUCUUUUACUGUUAGCCAGACCCAGCUUUGUAAUACAGCCCCAGGACACAGAGGUUUUAAUCAGCACCAGCACAACUCUGGGAUGCAUAGCCACAGGCCACCCCCACCCUCGCAUUACCUGGACCAGGAUCAGUGGAGAGGCCCUGGACGGAUCCAGGCAGGUGGUGAUUUCCGGUGGACUUUAUAUACAGAACAUCACCCUGGAGGAUCGUGGUGGAUUUACCUGUCAUGCCGGCAAUAGCCACGGCUCUGUUCAAGCCACAGCAAACAUAAUUGUACAAGCUCCACCAUGGUUUACUGUAAGCCCCAGGGAUCAAACAGUCCUCGAGGAACAAGCUGUGGAAUUUCUUGGUGAAGCUGAAGGCCACCCACCUCCAGCAAUUGUCUGGACAAAAGCAGGUAUCAACACAUUGACAAGUGAUGGCCUGCAUACAAUUCUGUCCUCUGGCACUUUGAGAAUUGAGUGUGCUGCACAGCACCCUCAAGGCCAAUACGAAUGUCAAGCAGUUAGCCCCUUAGGGGUGAAAAAAGUCUCUGUCCAUCUGAUUGUGAAACCCAAAGCUCUGCCAGUGUUCAGUCAGCUUCCACAGGACAGCCGCACUGUGGCUGCUGGAAAGCAUGUAAACUUCUCCUGUCAUGCUCGAGGGGAGCCACAGCCCAUAACCACAUGGAAGAAGGCAGGUGUCCAGAUCACCAAGAGUGGUAAAUUCCACACUGACAGUGGAGGCAUGCUAACCAUUUAUGAUGCAGGGCAAGCUGACCAAGGAAGAUAUGAACGUGUGGCUCAGAAUUCAUUUGGUCUUGUUGUGGCCAAUAUGUUUCUUACAGUCACUGCUAUAGAGGGUAGACCAGCUGGUGAUGACUUUGUUGAAUCAUCAAUUCUUGAUGCUGUACAGAGGGUUGACUUUGCAAGUCACUCCUCAUGAAGACAUUUGUUUUCACAAAAACCUCAUACUCCUAGUGAUCUGCUGCCUCAAUUUCAUUACCUGAGUGACUCAUUUCCCGGGGUCACAGCAAGAGCAGGGGACAUUUUUGAGCCCAUGCUGUAACUGAUCCCGCAGCGCGUGAAGCAGGGGCUCACUGGUGACCUGCAAGGCAGAGAAUUCCGCCCCAAUGACCUGGUGUCUCCGCACCACCUCAGCAUCAUCGCCAAUCUAUCCGGGUGCACAGCACACAGGCCUGGGCCCAACUGCUCCGAUCUGUGCUUCCACCAGAGGUACCGGGCCCACGACGGAACCUGCAACAACCUGCAGCGGCCGAUUUGGGGCGCGUCCCUGAAGGCCUUCGUGCGCCUGUUGCCGGCGGCCUAGGAGAACGGCCUGGACUCGCCACGAGGGCCUGGGUGCCACCCCUUGGGCCGCCGCCCUCCGCUCCCGCCGCCCCGGCUGGUGUCCACCGAGCUGGCGGGCACGGCGGCAGUCACCCCUGACCCCGGGUACACGCACAUGUUCAUGCAGUGGGGCCAGUUUUUAGACCACGACCUGGCCCACGCGGUGUCGACGCUGAGCCCCUCCAGCUUCUCAGACGGGCAGCCGUGCAGCUCGGCCCGCAGGAGCAACCCUCCUCGCUUCCCCACUGCCAUCCCGCACGGCGACCCCCAGGGCGCCCACGCACGCUGCGUGUCCUUUGUACGCUCCAGUCCCGUGUGAGGCAGCGGCACCACAUCCUUGAGGACGAAUUCAGUCUGCGCCCGGAAGCGGAUCAACCAGCCCACAGCUUACAUCGAUGCCUCCAACGUGUAUGGGAGCUCAGAGCAGCAGCCCCGGGUUCGCAGAGACCGCAAGGCGCCCGGCGCACUGCUGAAGACUGGCUUGCUUUGGCCGUCUCCUGGAAAGAGCCUGCUGCCCUCCUCUGUGGGUCCCCACCCUGGGCACGGGGCAGGGGCCAGACAGCCGCAGCCCGUUUUCUGUUUCCUGGCCGGGGACCACAGGGCCAGCCAGCAGCCGGCUCUGACCGCCGUGCACACCUCGUGGUUCCGCGAGCACAGCAGGGUGGCUGCAGGGCUGCGGUCGGUCCUGAACCCCCGCUGGGACGGAGACACACUUUACCGGGAGGCCAGGAAGCCGGCCGUGGGCGCUGAGCAGCAGCACAUCACCUACAGCCUCUGGCUGCCCAAGAUCCUGGGGGACCCUGGCCUGAAGUUGCUGGGGAAAUACCGGGGCUACGACCCCAACGCGAACGCUGGCAUCAUCGACUCCUUUGCCACGGCAGCCUUUCGGUUUGGCCACACGUUAACCAAGCCCGUUCUUUACCGACUGAGACUGAAUGACACCUUUGGUGAAAUCCCCGAAGGCCACCUCCCGCUCCACAAAGCUUUCUUUUCACCUUCCAGAAUAAUCAAGGAGGGUGGGAUCGAUCCGCUCUUGCGGGGCCUCUUUGGAGUGGCUGCUAAAUAGCAGGUGCCUUCCUAGCUUGUCAGCCUUGAGCUGGCGGAGAAUUUGUUCUCCACCGGCCAAGCGGUGGGCCUGGAUAUAGCUGCUACGGACAUUCAAAGGGGUCGAGACCACGGGAUCCCACCGUAUGUUGACUUCAGAGUGUUCUGUAAUCUAAGUUCUGUCGAGAGCUUUGAGGAUCUUCAAAAUGAAAUUAAAGAUUUAGGAAUUAGACAAAAACUGAAAAAACUGCAGGAGUAGAGGACAGCCCCAAACAUCCACACCAGAAUCUCAAAAGAGAAGUUCUGCUCCAUACAGCUCUCCUGGCAAGAAAGAUAUGGACUUAAAUGAUUCCAUUAGUGGGCAAGAAAAUAACUUGGAUAUGAAAGAAGAUGCUAGAAAUGUGACGCUUUUGGCAAAAACAAAGUUCACUCAAGAUUUCAGCAAUUUUGCAGUGGAAGUUCAAAAAACUAUCACAGCCCUCAGAGAACAGCUGAAGAAUGAAGACAUUGCUUUUUUUCCUUUCUGUCGUGAUUAUUAAAGUCAGCUGAUGGACACCAUACAUAACCACAGCAUCUCCUUCCUGUCACCUCCCAGGAUGCUACUUCUCUCUGGAGUGGCAGUGAGCUCUUUCACAUCAUUUGUCCAGGCUCUUCCCACACCCUGCCCCAGAAACAUUCACUAUGAUGUGACACAUACUCAGCAUUCUACAAUGUGACAUUUCCAAAAUGUUAACUUCUAU